UAAAGGUGGUUCGUGAAGUAGAGAAAGUAAAAGACUUGGACUGGUGUGUGAGCUUGUAAAGAGAAGGAAGAAGAAGAAGAUGACGUUGGGUCUGAUCAAUGCCAACCCCGUGGUCCACGCUAAGAAGGAAAGGGUUGCUCGCACCGAAGAUCUCCACGCCGACGACGCCGUCGAUCCUCUCGAUAUCUAUGAUUUCGUGAGGGAUAUUAGAGAUCCGGAGCACCCCUACUCGUUAGAGCAGCUCAGCGUGCUUUCGGAGGAGUCGAUCACUGUGGAUGACAAGCUCGGCCGUAUUCUGAUAACUUUUACGCCGACGAUUCAGCAUUGCAGUAUGGCAACAGUGAUAGGUCUGUGCCUGAGAGUUAAACUGAAACAUUGCUUCCCUCCUCAUUACAAGGUUGAUAUUAAAGUAUCUCCAGGAUCUCAUGCAGAUGAAGAAUCAGUUAACAAGCAGUUGAAUGAUAAAGAAAGAGUUGCUGCUGCCUUGGAGAACCCCAACCUUCGCCAACUUGUGGACGAGUGCCUGUAUUCCAACGAACUCUGACCAAGUAAACUUCAUAGCUCAAAACCCACUGUACAGAAGAAACCUCAGUAAUACAUAUGCUAUAAGAACAUGCUUUGUUGUAAUAUUACUCGGCAUGUUUGUCUCUUAUCAAAUGGAGUUGCUUUGCAGUUAGUGGCUUUGUUAUGUCUACGUGAAAUUCAGCUGCAAAGCUAUCAUGUAAUAUAGUAAACCAGAAGUUGCAUUAUUUGGUGACUCAUCUCGUAAGCUAUGUACCUUGUCUGUAGGCUGUAUUUGGAUUUGUGUAAUAAUAUCUAAUGCGUUUCAAAGUGGUUCGUCA